AGCACAACGUUUGUUCUAAGACUGGAGUAGAUGUGCGCCGCGGAGUCAUUAGCUUAAACUAAGACAGCGACGUCGAAUUAUUAAAUCUACAUAUAUUUUCCGAUAACCGUAACAGCGUUUAAUUUGUGUCGCUAAUUAUGCCAUCCUAAACCAGCUUUUUAUCUACCACUACCGGAAAUACGCUAAGAUUUAUUUGUUUGUUGUACAUUCAUUCAUCGAACCACAGCAAAAGAUCAAUUCCGAAUGGCGCGAUUAGCUUUUUUCCUGGCUGUUACCGGCAUUUUGCAAAGCUCACUUACGUUAGCAGCAAGCAAAACGUUUUUUUCUCAAAACCGCACGUGAUGAACUGGAAACCGAUUGCAACCUCCAACCGUCACAAGCCACUACUGCUUCGCCGGCAACCCCAGCACCGUCCGCACUAGUCUUCCCGUUUCGCACAGAUGCGUUGACGUGGGAAGAAUGCACAGCAUACGGUGCAUCGCCCACCAGUUAUCUCUGCAAUCCAGGACGCUACUCGUGUAACAAGACUAGUCCUAACCAAUUUCUCCUGCGACCAAUGUCUCGAACGUUCAUCGAGCUGUCGUGCUCGUAUCACAACCGCACCUUUCUGACUGCCAUGACGAACCAGUUGAAGGCCGUCAGUCCCAAUCGCGCGGUGACCCUCAAGCUGGAUGAACGGGACAACGUGACAGACCCCGUGCACGCUGACGUCGUCGACCCGGUUCGCCAGCAGCUGGUCAGUUUGACGAUAUAGUGUUCGACCAAGAUGGCCAUCUCUAAAGUGCGCCAACUGGGAACCAUACCCUAUUAGUGCGACUGGUUAUUCAGCGCUUCUGUGGACUGGUGAUCAAGAAACACGAUUUUGACUAUUUGCCGCAGAUCCGCAUGAUCCAGAUUGCGUCAGCCGUCAUCCAGUCCCUAGAGCCGUACACGUUCAGUCUGGAGAAUUUGCAGAGUUUACGGCUGGAUGAUAGCCAGCAGCAGGUUCAUCUAUCCAUGCGGGAAUCGGAAGAUGGCGCUAAGAAGUGUCACUGGUUAGCGGGCAAGGACGCCGGUCAGGUACAACAUCCUCCGUGCAACUGUUCGCAUGUCUGGUAUCGUCAGUUUCUGCGAGCCAAACCGUACCUGAAUGCGCCGAAGAAGGAAGUGAACCAGAUCUUGAACGAAGCCAAACAACGUAACGGGAGCGGAACCAUGCAUCUGCAGGGUUACGGCCGUGGUCCGUCGUCCCAGGGAUACCCGAUCGCGGAAUGGCCGCCGGGGACUGAGGUUAUUCGAGCGCCGGAGGGUGGCACACUGCUGAUUCCCUGCAACAACACCAACAACAGUUACAACACGCAAAGGGUUUAUGACAUCCGGAAACCGCCGGCGUACGCCCGCAACGAUUGGCAGGUUCCUCUUAUUCGAGACAUCGAGGUCGUCAGUGAAGGGUUCCAGGAAGUGAAUCAUUGUUGCAACUUGACGAAAGAUCACAAUCCGGCGGAAUUUAUUAUGCAUGGCGCAAUGCACGAUCGGACUACUGGUGCGUUUUCCAUUGCGCUGCCAAACUUUACGUACGCGGCCACAGGACUGUACGAAUGCCAGCACUUCAACGGGAGCCAGUAUGUGGUGACACAGCGCUACUGGGUCAGCGCGACCCUCUUCCGCCACAACGUCUUCAAUCUGCCGAUGAAAAACGUCACCGUCCGCUACGGCGACCCAGCGGAGAUGGUCUGCGCAGUGCGCUUCAACUUUCUCCCCGGACGUCUACGAACUCGCUUCCUGUGGCGCGCUGGAAAUUACUUACUUGUUGCCAAAUCAAUUUCGGAAGUCGCCGAUAAGGCCAUGUCGUGGUGGGGAUUUAAUGGGCGUUUUGAGUUCAGCGCCGACGAAGAGGGUAGGUGCAGCUCGACGAUGAAGAUCGACAGCGCCACAUGGAAGGAUGCCGGCCUGUACGAAUGCUGGUUCCGCAUCAACGAUCGUCUCGACGAGUGGAUCAUGCAGGAAGCGUAUCUGCACGUCAUUUAAGCAGAGCCACCAUUUGGUUAGUGGUUGGACAACUACGUGUGCAUAGAUCUCGAAUGCUUUGAAUGCGUAGCUGCUUGUUUUUCUUCUUCGGAAUGGGCAGGUGUUUUUGUUAAGACAGCAUUAUGCUUAAUUAACCAAAGAUAAGCAGAGAUUUAUUUAUUUGGAGAAUUCGAUGGAACGUGCGUCUGCACAAGGUGACGGUAGCAUUUAUAAUGCUUUCCAGUGGGCUUUUUUGUUUAUGAAUUAUUGGGGAUGGGCCGCUGGCUCAAUCUCACCCGAAUUUGGUUUUCCUUUCA